CAUGGAAUUGAUCUCCGGGAAUCAUUGCCUCCUCCCAUUUAGAACCCAAUCUCUGCAUCCAAAUCUCAAUUGUGAUUGGACAGUUACAAAUGGCACAAGAUACAAAACACAAACCAACAUAACCUCAAUAAUUCCUUAGUUGGCCAUUUCCUCUCUGUACCUGAAACUCCACUUGACAAAAUUUCAAAAUUUUUAUUAUUUUUUAAAAUUUUUACGUUGUUGGCCAAUCAGGCCCAAGUAAUUAUCGAGGUGGAUGGAGCUCUUCUUGUUAUUAUCCUUUACUUCCGAAUCUAGAUUCGAAAUUCCCUGUUUGAUUAACCAAUUUUAGUAUUUUUAUUAUAUAUGGAGUCUCCUCCUCCUCCUCCUCCUCCUUCUUCUUCUUGUGCUAUUAAAACCAGAAAUUUUCUCCUCCUUAUUUCCUAAACCGCAUCUUCUUACUCGCUUCCUAUCUGUUGACUUCUCUCCGGCGACGAGUUUUGUUUUUUAUUUUUUUGGUUAAUUCACGGUCUCGCUUGUUUGGUACUUUUCUCUCCGCUUAAUUUCACCUAUGUUGGCCUUAAGAGGAAGUGAGGACUUUAUAUCAGAUCCUAGAAAGAGAUGGAAGAUUCGCAGCCCCUCAAAACUACUGAUAAGCAAAAACACCGUCCAUUGACUCCUUUUAGAUUCACUAGGGGUCUGAUGUGUCUUCUGGUGUUUCUUUCUACUUCUGUUAUGUUUCUAGUGUAUUUUGGACCCCCUGCCGUAAUGAUGCGGCUUGCCAGCGUACACUAUUCCAGAAAAGUAGCCUCGUUUCUCUUUUCAAUUUGGCUAUCUUUGUGGCCUUUUCUGUUUGAAAAGAUAAAUGGGACUAAAGUUGUAUUUUCAGGGAAUGCUGUGCCACCAAAAGAACGUGUUUUGAUUAUUGCCAAUCACAGAACUGAGGUUGAUUGGAUGUAUUUGUGGGAUCUUGCAUUGCGAAAAGGGUGCCUAGGCUCCAUUAAAUAUAUCCUCAAGAGCAGCUUGAUGAAACUUCCUGCCCUGGGUUGGGGUUUUCACGUUUUGGAGUUCAUCUCAGUUGAUAGAAAGUGGGAAGUUGAUGAACCUGUCAUGCAUCAAAUGCUUUCAACUUUUAAGGAUCCUCAAGAUCGCUUGUGGCUUGCUCUUUUUCCUGAAGGGACUGAUUUUACAGAACAGAAAUGCCUGAGGAGUCAAAAAUUUGCAGCUGAAGUUGGACUUCCUAUGCUGACUAAUGUGCUGCUUCCAAAGACAAGGGGUUUUUGCCUUUGCUUGGGAGUUCUUCGGAGUUCCUUAGAUGCUGUUUAUGACAUAACUAUUGGAUACAAGCAUCAAUGCCCUACCUUUUUGGACAUUGUAUUUGGUGUGGAUCCAGCAGAAGUUCACAUUCAUAUUCGACGUAUUCCAGUCAAGGAUAUCCCAGAAUCUGAUAGUGAGGCUGCUACUUGGUUAAUGAAUGCCUUCCAGCUGAAGGAUCAGUUGCUAUCAGAUUUCAAAACUCAUGGCCACUUCCCUGAUGAAGGAACAGAAGAAGAACUUUCUACAUUGAAAUGCUUGGUAAAAUUUAUGAUGGUAAUUUCCUUGACUGCGAUAUUUGCGUAUCUCACCCUCUUUUCAUCCAUUUGGUUCAAAAUAUAUGUAAGUUCAGCUUGUGCAUUUCUUUCCUUGGCUACUUACUUUAAAAUUCAGCCAAUGCCAAUUAUAGGCAAUUCUACAACAGUGUUUAAGAAAAAGAAAAUCUAGCAAUGAAUAGCUUGUCAUACAAGAUAUAUACAAGUUAGAUUCAUGUGAGACCUUAUUGC